AUGGGUAGCGAGCAAGAGGCGGCCAAUGUGCCGCAGGGCAGCAAAGGGACAUGGUCGUCGUUCUUGAAGUCAAUGGCAUCCUUCAACGGCGACCUCUCAACCAUGACAGCGCCCGCCUUCAUCCUGUCCACAACCUCGCUCACCGAGUUCAGCGCUUACUGGUCAGAAAUGCCUCGCAUACUCACUGCACCAGCAGCAGAGAAAGACAAAGAGAAGCGCAUGGUCGCCGUGCUUAAAUGGUUCCUCAGCACACUCAAACAACAAUACGCCAGUCGCAACGAGAAGCUCGGCAGCGAGAAGAAGCCACUCAACCCCUUCCUCGGCGAGCUCUUCCUAGGCAAAUGGGAGGAUGAAGCCGGCACAACCCAACUCGUCAGCGAACAAGUCUCCCACCACCCACCCGUCACCGCGUACAGCAUCUGGAACAACAAGCACGGCGUGCGCCUGCAAGGCUACAACGCGCAGAAGGCGUCCUUCGGCCGCACCAUCAACGUGCGCCAGGUCGGCCACGCCGUCUUCCACAUCGACCAGUACGACGAAGACUACCUCAUCACCCUCCCUUCCCUGCACAUUGAAGGCCUAAUCACCGGCUCCCCAUUCGUCGAACUUAACAAGUCCAGCUACAUCAUCUCCUCCUCGGGCCUGACCGCGCGAAUCGACUACAGCGGGCGCGGCUGGAUGAGCGGGAGCAAGAACACACUUUCCGCGGUGAUAUACCCACACGGCAAAGAAAAGUCCAAGUCCGACGUCCUCUACACCGCCGAAGGCUCCUGGACCGACACUUUUACCAUUAAGGACGCGAGAUCAAAGUCCACCCUCGAAACAUACAACGCGAAAAAAGAAUCCAAAGCCACUCUCCAAGUCGCCGCCAUCGAAUCCCAAGACGCGUUAGAAACGCGCCGAGCAUGGCGGAAAGUCGCCGCGGCGAUUGAGAAAGGUGACAUGAACGCCGUAUCGCACGAGAAGAGCAUCAUAGAAGAGUCUCAGCGGGCGUUGCGGAGAAAGGAGGCCGGGGAAAGCAGGGAGUGGGAGCGGAGGUUCUUCUCGCGGGUGAAGAGUUUGCCCGUUUUUGAAAAGUUGAUUAAGGAGGUGCCGGGUGGGAGUCUGGAGCAGGAUCAGACGAAUGGGAUAUGGGUGUUUGAUCAGGAGAAGGCGAAGGAGGCGAGGCCGCCCUUCUCGGGGUUGAGUGAGGAGUUGAAGGAUGGGUGGAAAUGA